AUGCCGGAUAGAUGCUGUGUACCAUUAUGUAAGGGAAACUACCCAACAGGACCAAAAUUGUCUGUAUUCUCCUUUCCUAAAAAUGAAGAUUUGAAGAUAGAGUGGCUUUCUGCAAUCCAACGGAAAGACUUUUCACCCAAAAAGAGUUCAAAAGUUUGUGAAUUGCAUUUCAAGGAAAGUGAUUUUAAAGUUGAAGCUUCAGCAUUUGAUUCUAAGAAUGGAAUUUUAAUUUCUGCUCCACUUCAGGUGCGUAGAUUAAAAGAAAAUACAGUGCCAUCAAUAUUUAAGGACUAUCCAUCUGUAUACAGUUCAAAAAGUAGCACCAUUGUACGAGAAGAUCCUGAUGCAAAAAAAAAAACUGCCCGCGAGUGCCAUAAUUUACAGAAAGCAUUGCGUGAAAGCCUUAAAGAAUAUGAAAUGUAUAAUAAUGAUUUGAAAAUUAAUUGUUCUAAUGAUAUUUUGUCAUGUAUUGAUCGCUAUGGAAUAGCAGCAGUUUGCCACACUGUACCAGAUACCUCAACUGUUUGCUUUAUUCAUAUUGUUUUUAGUCCUGGGCCAUCAACUGAUUAUUCUAUAGUUGUGAAUGGCAAUCAAGAAAUGUCUGUAUUUAUUAAAAAAAAUCUAUUACACAAUUUUCUCCUUACGUAUCCCGGUAGAGUCGGUGUUGUUUCUACUGGCUCCUGUCUACCUGAAGUAACUCAUUGA